AUAAUUAAAACUUAAAAAAAAAACCUAAAAAGUGAAAGAGCCGCAACCUGAUUAGCAGUCUUCGCCCGCUUCUCGUCGUCCGUCUAGAUCGCUCGCCGUCGGUACGCCGUCGUCGUUGCAUCCGUCCGCUGUCUUCGUGCUUAGAGCUGAAGUAGAACUCUAGUCCGUCGUCGUUAUGGCCUUGACGAACUUUGUGGUCACGGUGGCGGCGGUGACUGCCGCGGUGUUGCUCUUCCGCUCGGAUGUCAGGCAGUCGGCGAGAAUAUUUCGCCAGAAUGUUCGCCAGAUUCGGGUGUGGCUUGAAGAAGAGUCAACCUCCGCCGCCAAGUCUGCAGAACGAACCCGGCCUAAAGAAUUGGACACACAGGUUCCAAAGGAAGAAACCCCCAAAGAGAAGCACUGAUGGUUUGUGUUCCUAUGUUCUAUAUAUGUUUUUGAGACCUUUCUGUAUGCUCGGCUAAGAGUGUUCCAAAUUAACCGAUGUGGGACUAUUGGUUAUUCUAAUAGCAUGUUAUGAGGUGUAGGUCUAAUUUUUCAUGCUUUUUGUUUGAAGAGAUGAAUAAAAGGAUAUAGAUUCAGAAUCCAAUAUGAUUAUUUUGUGUCGAAACUACAUAUUUUUUAAUGUCUUCGAGCAAGCAUUAUCUUUGUAAUAUAUGUGAAACAAAUUUUUGAAGUUUGUGAUUA